AUGUCGGUCAAGGGCGACCACCUCAAAGAUGAGGGCUCCCGUCUGCAAGUCACGGCCGCCGGGGCCACAGCCGGGCUGAUCUCGCGUUUCGUCAUCGCGCCCCUCGACGUCGUCAAGAUCCGCCUCCAGCUGCAGACCCACUCGCUCUCCGACCCGCGGUCGCACCGCGACCUCCAGGGCGGGCCAAUCUACAAGGGCACGCUGCGCACGAUGCGCCAGAUCCUCGCCUCCGAGGGCGUCACGGGCCUGUGGAAGGGCAACGUGCCCGCCGAGCUGAUGUACGUGUGCUACAGCGCGGUGCAGUUCGUGACGUACCGGACGACGACGCAGCUGCUGCGCGCGGCGCUCGGCGGCGAGGGCGCGGGCGGCGGGGGCGCGGGCGGGGGCGCGCUGCCGCAGUCGGCCGAGUCCUUCAUCGCCGGCGCGGCCGGGGGCGCCGCCGCCACGGCCGCCACGUACCCGCUGGACCUGCUGCGCACGCGCUUCGCCGCGCAGGGCAACGACAGGGUGUACGGCAGCCUGCGGCGGGCCGUGCUGCAGAUCCGGCGCGACGAGGGCCUGCGCGGCUUCUUCCGCGGCCUGGGGCCCGGGCUGGCCCAGAUCGUGCCGUACAUGGGCGUGUUCUUCGCCGUGUACGAGACGCUGCGGCCGCACCUGAGCGGGCUGGACCUGCCGUUCGGCAGCGGCGGCGCGGUGGCGGGCACCGUGGCGAGCGUGCUGGCCAAGACGGGCACGUUUCCCCUGGACCUGGUCCGGAAGCGCAUCCAGGUGCAGGGCCCGACGCGGCGGCGGUACGUGCACAAGAACAUACCCGAGUACAAGGGGACGGUCGGGGCGGUGAGGACCAUUCUGAGGCAGGAGGGGCUGAGGGGGCUGUACAGGGGGUUGACGGUCAGUCUGGUCAAGGCGGCCCCGGCGAGCGCCGUCACCAUGUGGACGUACGAGCGGGCGCUGCUGUUCUACACGGGACUCGCGGAGAGGUGGGAGCAGAGCUUAUAG